AUGGAUCCAGUUCCCAAAUCCAUUCAAAAGGUUCAGGCAUCACUUGAACCUUACGUCAAACCACGGGAGCAGGUAGCGUACAUCAGGCGCGCCUUGGCCCUUCAUCUUCAGGCCUGCCGUCAACCAGGGCCCAUUCAGGAGCCAUUAUCUCUCGUUGAUGCUUCUUGCAGAGUGAGGCCAACAAGCGAGGUCAGAGGCUUACAGAAGGAAUACCUCAAAGCCUUGAAUGCGAACCUCAAGGCUCGCAAUGAGUACGAGAUCACGCGGGAUGCAGCGGUAACGGCAGCCCCAUCCCGGCCCAAGGCUGCCGACCCUGGGGAUCAGAUUGAGCAACAUGUGGCCCUUGUCAAAUUACGCCAGAAGCAACAGCGACUGUUGACGAUUCAAAAGUACUUGGACCUUUUGGGACGCCAGCCCGCAGCAUCACCAGACUUUCUCGACCUGGAAGAUAUUUUCAGAAAGUCAAUGUCCUUGCCAGAAGUUCCAAAAGAGGUUGUGAACGGCUUUUCUGUUAGCGCCAGUGCAACGAAGACAAACCUAGGAGGUCUAGCUGAUCAGCUCGAAAAAGUCGUACUGAGAGCCAAGCUUCUGCUUCAGCGUGAAGAGCAACUCCUUAACGGUGUUCGACAAAACACAGCAUCACUGGCAGGCCAAGUUAGCGACGAGGCCAAGGCACAUGCUCUGGAUGCUACUCGAGCUGAAUUGAUCAACUGGAUUGAGACGGAGCUCAGUAAGGCCUCGGGAGAAGCAGACGACCAGGCAAAUGGAUACAACGGCCAUACCGAACAAGCCACUAUCGACGAGCAUCUGGGCGAUAUCAAGAGCAAAUACAGCAUAUAUGUCGCUUCGAGGAAAGCGCUGCUCAACAUCGUCUCAGAGCAGACGCAACCAGUCCUGAAGCCUGGCGGUGACGUCUCAUCUUCAAACGGCCGAAGCCAGCCCAUCCCCCCAGCACCCACUGUGCACCUUCUCUUACCUUACCUCGAGAAGCUUCUCUCGCUUUCUCGAGAACAGAAGGGGAUGAUCACACAAAAAUCGCACAUCCACAAUGUUCUAGCUAAGCAGGCGAGGGAAACUCGACAGGCGCUGGAUCAUCUCGCUGAAGAAAGUCAGCUUCUUCCGGGACAUCCUAUGCCUGGGGCGGGCAGACCCAAGUCAGGAUUCGGAGAGGACUUCUCCACAGCCAUGGCUGAGAAGCCAGUGCCUUCAGACCGAGUCAAGCCCUGGGUGUUCGCAGCAGACUCGGCCAAGAUUGCGACGUUGGAGACUGUUGCGGAGAAGAUUGAGGAGGGCCAGGUCGCACUGGAAGGCUCUACAACGGCGCUUCAGGAAAUUGACAAGCUCCUAGGUUACGAGCCGAAACAGGCCGAGAUGGAGGCGGGAGACACGACGGAGGAAGACAUAUGGUUGACGCAAGGGUCAGAACAUAAGACGGGGACGAGGCAGCACAUCAGACACCAGAGUAAGGGAUCCACGAUUACGCAUGACGAUAUUUGGUCUGUCAUUGAUGGGAAGCUCGGUCUCAUCGGUCAUGAAGAUCAUAUUUGA